AUGGCCAGGAGUUUGCCUGCGCCCCGUUGGGCAAUGUUGCUCUCCUUGGUACUCCUCAUCGGAUGCAUGGUCGCCCCCAGCUUGGCGGUCAAACAUAAGGACUUCAAGACAUGUGAACAGUCCGGAUUCUGCAAACGAAACCGCGCCUUCGCCGACAACGCCUCCACCCAAGGCUCUCUAUGGAGCUCUCCUUACGAACUUGAUCCCGCUAGUAUCCAUUUCAAGGAUGGCAUCCUCGCUGGCGACAUUGUCAAAACAACCGCCACCAAUGAGAAGGUCCAGUUACCUCUCACAGUGUCAUUCUUGGAGUCGGGAGCCGCGCGCAUUGUGGUGGAUGAAGAAAAGCGAUUGAGAGGCGACAUUGAAAUGCGCCAUGGCAGCUCAGCAAACAAGAAGCGUUAUGAUGAAACUGAAAAAUGGGUGAUUGUCGGAGGUUUGGAAGUCAGCAAGUCGGCCACAUUAGAUGCUCAGAGCGAAACUGGGUUCACCAACAUCCUCUACGGACCCGAUGGCAAAUUCCGAGCAAUUGUUCGUCAUGCUCCAUUCGGUAUCGAGUUUCAAAGGGAUGGACAGACCCAUGUUCAAUUGAACCACCAAGGCCUGUUGAACGUGGAGCACUGGCGACCGAAGGUGGAUCGCAAAGACGACGAAUCCGCCGAGGAUGAGAGCACCUGGUGGGAGGAGACUUUCGGAGGAAACACUGACUCGAAGCCGCGUGGGCCCGAGAGUGUUGCUCUUGAUGUCACUUUCCCCGGAUACAGCCAUGUGUUCGGUAUUCCAGAACACGCAGACUCGCUCUCGCUCAAGGAGACCAGGGGUGGAUCUGGCAACCAUGAGGAUCCUUACCGCCUGUACAACUCAGAUGUCUUCGAAUAUGAACUCCAAAGCCCGAUGACUUUGUACGGAGCUAUUCCGCUCAUGCAAGCCCACCGCAAGAACUCAACCGUUGGUAUCUUCUGGCUUAAUGCAGCGGAGACUUGGAUCGACAUUGUGAAGUCGACAGUCUCCCCCAACCCUCUUUCCCUGGGUGCCCACUCCAAGACAGACACGAAGACCCAUUGGAUCUCCGAGUCGGGUCGGAUUGAUCUGUUCGUGUUCCUUGGCCCUUCGCCAAACGACAUUAGUAAAACGUAUGGCGAGCUCACAGGAUAUACACAACUGCCCCAGCAGUUUGCCAUUGGAUAUCACCAAUGCCGCUGGAACUAUGUUACGGACGAGGAUGUCAAAGAAGUCAAUGCCAAGUUUGACAAGUAUCAAAUCCCAUACGACGUGAUUUGGCUCGACCUUGAAUACACUGAUGAUCGGAAAUAUUUCACCUGGGACCCGCUCACCUUCCCUGAUCCCAAGGGGAUGCAGCAAAAGCUGGAUGAGACUGAGCGGAAGCUUGUUGUUUUGAUUGAUCCCCACAUCAAAAACGCAGACAAGUACUUCGUUUCUGAGGAACUCAGAAGCAAAAACCUUGCUGUGCUGAACAAAGAUGGUGAGAUUUAUGAUGGAUGGUGCUGGCCCGGCUCUUCAAACUGGGUUGAUUGCUUCAACCCUGCUGCCCACGCUUGGUGGGCCACACUUCACAAGUUUGACAAAUUCAAGGGUUCCCUUCAGAACCUUUUCAUCUGGAACGAUAUGAACGAGCCCUCUGUUUUCAACGGACCUGAUAUGACCAUGCCGAAAGACAAUCUGCACUACGGUAACUGGGAGCACCGUGAUGUUCACAAUGUUAACGGCCUCACCCUUUUGAACGCCACCUACAAAGCGAUGCUGGAGCGCAAGAAGGGCGAGGUGCGCCGUCCAUUCAUCCUGACGCGCUCGUACUACGCCGGGGCCCAGCGCGUGUCUGCCAUGUGGACCGGAGAUAAUCAGGCCACCUGGGACCACUUGGGUGCUACCCUCCCUAUGGUUUUGACUAACGGUAUUGCUGGCUUCCCAUUUGCCGGCGCAGAUGUGGGAGGAUUCUUCCAUAACCCCGACAAAGAGCUUCUGUCACGGUGGUACCAAACAGGUAUCUGGUAUCCUUUCUUCCGUGCGCACGCUCACAUCGACACUCGCCGUCGUGAGCCAUAUCUGAUCAGCGAACCGCAUCGCUCCUAUAUUGCCCAGGCAAUCCGUUUGAGGUAUCAACUUCUACCUGCUUGGUAUACCGCCUUCCACGAGGCCUCGGUCAAUGGCACGCCCAUCGUGCGUCCUCAGUACUAUAUGUUCCCAGAGGAUGAGCAAGGCUUUGCUAUUGAUGAUCAACUGUACCUUGCUUCCACCGGCCUUCUCGUGAAGCCUGUUGUACAGGAGAACACAUAUAGCGCUGAUGUCUAUAUCUCUGACGACGAGAAAUACUAUGACUACUUCGAUUUCACCGUCUACCAGGGCGCGGGCAAGAGACACACCGUCCCCGCCCCGGAAGAGAAGGUGCCCAUCUUGAUCCAGGGAGGCCACAUCAUCCCCCGCAAGGAUCGUCCUCGUCGCAGCUCUGGUCUCAUGCGUUGGGAUCCGUACACAUUGGUCAUCACAUUGAACAAAAACAGCGAGGCUGAAGGCACCUUGUACGUGGAUGAUGGUGAAACCUUUGACUACGAGCGUGGCGCCUAUAUUCACCGGCGCUUCAACUACCGUGGCUCGGUGUUAUCGUCGGAGGACAUUGGGGUUAAGGGACCCAAGACUGCCGAGUACCUGAAAACUAUGGCUGGCGUGACGGUCGAGCGGGUAGUGCUCGUUGACCCUCCCGCCGAAUGGAAGGCCAAGAAAACUGUCACUGUCAUCGAAGAUGGAGCCAAGGUGGCUUCCACAGCUUCGCUGGAGUACUAUGAACAGGAAGCCGGGAAGGCCUCUUAUGUUGUGGUGAAGAAGCCCAGUGUUGGCAUUGGAAAGACAUGGCGGAUAGAGUUCUGA